AAAACCCUCAGUGCAUUCUGAGCAACUUGGUGCUUGAGGCAUCAGCAAACCAGGAUCUACUCAAAUACACAAUUAUUAUUAUUUUUUUUACAUCUGCCUUCAACAGUAACUGUAACCAUGGUGCUGGAGGACUCUGAGUGCAGCGUCUUUGAGCUUGACAUCACUGAGGAUGAUGUGGAGACUGCGUUUGGUCUGGUGCACUGCACCAUGAUGGGUGUUCCGAAGGGUAACCGACCUACCAUCCUGACCUUCCAUGACAUCGGACUGAACCAUAAGAGCUGUUUCGAGUCUCUCUUUAAUCACAAAGACAUGCAUGAGAUCAUGCAACACUUUGCUGUGUGCCAUGUUGAUGCCCCAGGACAGCAGGAGGGUGCCAGCACACUCUCCACAGAGUAUACCUAUCCUUCUAUGGAUCAGCUCUCAGAAACCCUCCCUAUGGUCCUCCAGCAUUUUAGUCUGAAGAGUGUGAUUGGAAUGGCGGUUGGAGCAGGAGCCAAUAUCCUUACUCGCUUUGCACUAAAACAUCCAGACAUGGUUGAAGGUCUUGUUCUGAUUAAUUUGAGUGCACACGCAGAGGGUUUCCUGGAAAGGGCAGCACAAAAGAUCACAAGCUGGACUCAUGCUCUCCCUGACACAGUCAUUUCACACCUGUUUGGAAAGGAGGAGAUACAGAACAAUCAUGAGCUGAUCUCAACCUUCCGUCAUCUCAUUACAAACAACAUUAACCAGUCCAACCUGCAGCAGUUUGUCAAGUCCUACAAAAGCCGAAGGAAUCUGGAGAUCGAGAGACCAGUACAAGGAGGAAACCUAAAUGCAAGAAUGCUCCAGUGUCCAGCUUUGCUGAUAGUGGGUGAUAACUCUCCAGUUGUGGAUGCUGUGGUUGACAGCAACUCCAGAAUGAACCCAACAACAACCACAUUUCUCAAGAUGGCUGACUGUGGCGGCCUGCCUCAGGUUGAUCAGCCUGGCAAGCUUAUAGAAGCUUUCAAGUAUUUUAUCCAGGGCAUGGGCUAUAUGCCCUCUGCCAGUAUGACCCGUCUUGCUCGGUCUCGCACGGCCAGUAACUCAUCUAUGGAACGAAACCGUAACCGCAGCGGUACAAACACGGAUGAGCAGCGUGGACGCUCCCACACCGACGUCUCCAUGGAGAGCACCCCUGGUGCGGAGCACAGUUCCUCAGGCCCCACACAUUCCGCCGAGCUGUCCUGCUGAAUGCCUCAUGAAAAUAACACCUCUGUGCAGAUCAGAUUGGAACUCAGCAGGCGGUUUGAUAUUGGACCUGAAAUGACAGAAUCUGAGCCUGAAAGCUGAUGCUCCUGUUAUUAGAUAAUGUUUCAUUGGUAUUUUUCACAAGGGAUGUUUUGAUUAGAGAUGGCCCUCACAGCAAACAAAGCUUGGCUGUGAGAAUGUAUAAAAUAUAUAUGUGUGUAUCUUAAAAUGCGGAGUGAGUAGGCCCCUAUGUGUGUGAUUGUGUUGGAGAGUUCUCUGAUCGGGAUGGAUGUUUGGGGGAUUUGUUUAUACAUUACAUAUUGCAUAUCAUUUCUGUACUACUUUUAAUUCCUAACAGUAGUGUAAAACUUACAUCUGAGAGUAUUUCUUAGUCUGACAAUAUAGUCUACAGAACAUUUGAUACAGUAUCUGAAUCAUUUCUAGUGGUUGUGCUUCUUACAGUUCCAUCUUACAUUAUAUUAAUGAACAAGGAAGAUAGGAAUUUUGGUAAGAUCACUUUAUAUUUAACAACUGUAUUCCUAAAAUAAAAUUAAGUAUAUUCAGUCAGCCUCACUGCUGUAUAUUGUCUAACACUGUGAAAAAUUAAAAAUACAUACAAUGUAACUAUGUAAUGGAUUCCCAACUAUACCAUUACAGAAAUAAAUACUGAACAGAGAUCAAUAAAAACAAACAAAAUCAUAAAAAUAAGCAAAUGUCUUUUAUUAAAAAAGAUACAUUUCUGCAUAUUUCCAGAAUUAAAUAUGAACAGUAACAACUUGGCAAAAUGAAAGUGUAAAUAUCAAGAUCACUGUCAAUUCUUUUAUAUGUAUUUCAGAAUAUGUUACAUAACAAAGAUACAAACACGUCCUUUAACACCAUUUUAUCUAAUAUAUAUUUUCAAAAACUGAUGAUGUGUAUUCCUUUAAGGAGAGUUCAGUUUUUUUCGUUGAAAGGCUGUAUUUUUUAAACAUAUUUGCAAAAUAUUAAAACAGUUUUUUGGACUUCUCCGAUUUGGAACAGGAAGUCAACAUCUUAAAUUUAACAUUUUCUUAAUUUCAUAUUUUGUCCCUCAUCCAUCCAUCCUUAUAAAAAUAUAAAGUCCAUAAAGUACUUCAGUCUGAAGUAUCAUUGUUCACUUCACAAGCCAUCUCUAUGAGUAACUGUGCUGAUGUUUAUUCAUAAAUCAUCCGAAUUCAAUCCAAAUUUCUCAUCAACAGUACUUUCUGUGCUCUCCAGCAUCCCUGUUACUGUCAAGUGUGAUGCACAGACUACAAAUAUGAACCUAAGGA